AUGGCUCUCAGAAGCUGGUUUCGUUUUAGUUUUGGGGGCACCUGUCAUGGCUGCCCACGUGCCUGUCACAAGGCUGCCGAGCGAAGUGAGGAUCGGGCGUGGGAUGAAGCCAUAAUUCGGGACCCCAACCUUGACGGCAUUAUCAGUGUGCUUCCAGAGCCAGCUGGCUGCCCCAAGCACAGGCAACUUGAUGCUUUCUGGAACAGCUUCCAGGGAUGGUGGUACCGACAGGAGGACAAUGAGUGUGUCGGCGAGAUCUUCAGGGAUAGCAUGAUCUGGCACCCUCAGUGGAAGAUGCCGGAAAAGGAAACCUGCCUCGAGAUGGUAGCACAAGAUACAAUCAUGCAGGAUCUUCGUGGCCACGUUCUUAUGGGCAGUGUCCUCCGGGAUGCGCAGAUGUCCAUAUGCUGGAGCAAUGGUGACGUUUGGUUGUUGAAGUGA